GACGGCUAUUACAAGCGGACCUAGCGCAUGCGCAUAUGCAGCGCAGUUACAAAAACUGUAGUUCAGGCAUGAAGCUGUUUUUACCCGAGAUAAACUUCAAAGGACACUGAGGCUGCGCGGCGAUGGCAGGAGAAGAUGAGGCUAGUCGGAAUAAGGGUUUUAGACUGUUGGGGAUCCUGGAUGUCCAGAGGACACCAUGUGCCAGAGAUGCCAUCCUGCAUGGAGCUGGAGGCUCCGUAGCUGCUGGCAUGCUUUAUUUUCUGGCCACCAGUCGAGUGAAGCGCUCCUUCGACGUAGGUUUUGCUGGAUUCAUGCUCACCACUCUUGGGUCUUGGUUUUACUGCAGGAUAAACAACGCUAAGCUACGUGUGCAGCAGAGGGUGAUACAGGAGGGCAUCAGGAACAAGGUCGUUUAUGAGGGAACCGUUCUAGACCCCACAAAAAAACCCAAAGCAGAAGCUCCUUCGGGUCCCUCGUGACGUCCUUCAAAGAAACCCACCUCUCUAUAACAGAGAGAAUCAAGGGGACACUGACUACUGUCUUUGACUGUAUGAGUAUUUGAAGACAACCACUAAUAUAUUAUUUUUGUUCUGUUUUGUUUUGCAGUCUCUAGUCUGUCAAACCAAAGGUUUUCUGUGUGGCAUUUCACUCAUUCUUGUAGCCCAAUGGUUGACCACGGUCAGAUGAAUGUUUCUGUUUGAUUUUUGUUUGUUACCCAACAGGGUGAUUCCUAUUAGCAGGAUAUACAGUAGAUGUUUGUUAAAUGUUUUGACACCCCUUGAAUUUGUCCUGUUGCUUGGGUGUGACAGGUGUGGUUCCCCUACUAAGCCCUAAUGGAUGUCCUGUCUAGGUUAAUAUCAAUAAAGUAAAUAUCAUCUGGA